AUGGCGUCUCCAGGACACGAACAGUUGUUAGUCACCAAGCAAUUCAUACUUCACCGCCAAUUGACUGGAGCAGACAUGAAGUACGGCGUCUCCGCAGUAAAUGUAUACCAAGGGAAGCACCCGCCGCCAAUUGACUGGAGCAGACACGAGUAG